AUGGAUACUGUUCGCCAAGGUUGGACCAACGUGAGGCCAGAGGAGGAUGGCCAAGGCUUCACAGAGCGCUCCGCUGAGCGCCGGCAACUUUUUCAAAAUCUCAAAUCACUCCACCGCCAAACGAAGUUGCCUUCGAUUACCUGGGCGUUUCUCCAAAUCGCCGAUAUCGAAGUAAUUCGGGAAGUGGUUCAGAGCCGUUUGGCAUGGCGAUGCUUCGCGGAAGACGAACAUCGCUUGGCAACAGAAAAAAAAGCUUUGGACACGAUUCGGCUCUGGUCCCAGAAACAACCAGAGAAAACCCCGACAGCAGCAAGUGCAACGCCAAUACACUCGCAAUCCAAAACUGUCUCCAACCAACCAACCUCGACAUCCCGCCUUCUCAAUACCAACAUACUAGCCGGAUCCAAGCGAACUCGAUCUGGAAAUGUAAUUGGCGGCCAAGAAUACAGUGUUGGUCGACACGAGGGCGUUCGGUCCAACUGUAAGAAACGGGAUGGAAACCUUUGCGCGGUCACGAGGCUAGCGGAAAUUGACGCCGCUCACAUUUACCCAUGGAGCGGUUUUGGAGGCCAGAAUGAGGAGCGAGUGGUGAAUUUUUGGGAUACUCUGAAGAUGUUUUGGAAAGAAGAAUUGGUGGAAAGUUGGCGUAGUAAGUUGUUUGUGGAUGCUAACAAUCCGAAUCGAGGGACGGAGACAGUGGAGAACAUGAUCUCCCUCUCGGCCACCCUGCACCGAUUUCACUCGGCUGCCCGAUUUGCGCUCCGACCGAUACAACUGUCAGACGACAAGAAAAAUCUCGAAAUCGAGUUUCAUUGGCUUGUUGUUGAAGAGCGCAGUCGCCAUGAAGAGGUGGACAUUAUGGAUGAACCUUUGUCUUCGGCCGGCCGGCGUUCAGCUGGCAAGGGCUACGGCCCCCUCGAUCGGAUUGAUCCCGACAAUGAUACUGCCCGCGAACCAUUAAAAAGCGGAACCAAAUUUACAAUGUCGACCGAUGACCCAGUCAAGCGACCCCUCCCAGAUUCAGGCCUCUUGACAUUGCAAUGGCACCUUCAACGUGUGCUCGCCAUGUCCGGAGCGGCUGAGUGGACGGAGGAGGAUUUUGGCGACGACGAUGACGACAACAAGAACGGACCAGGCGUUACAACUUGCAAUAACGUGGAAACCUGGCUCCAGAACGUCGAGCCUCCGGAAAAUCAUCGUCCAAGCCAAAUUUCUCGGGAAACCGAUUCGGAAGACAGCGUAGAUGGUUCGUUUGAAUAA